AUGAUGAUCCCGGCGAGGCACAUGCCGCCGAUGAUCGUCCGGAACAGCGCCGCGGCGUACGGGUCCUCGUCGGCACUGUCGCUGGGCCAGCCGAACCUGCUGGACAGCCAGCAGCAGCUCCAGCUCCAGCAGGCGCUGCAGCAGCAGCACCUGCUGGAUCAGAUCCCCGCGACGACGGCGGAGAGCGGCGACAACAUGGGGCACGGUGGCAGCGGCGGCGGCGGCCGGGGGUCCGACUCGCUGGGCGACGAGUUCGAGAGCAAGUCCGGCAGCGAGAACGUGGACGGCGUCUCCGUGGACGACCAGGACCCCAACCAGCGGCCCAGCAAGAAGAAGCGCUACCACCGCCACACCCAGCAUCAGAUCCAGGAGAUGGAAGCUUUCUUCAAGGAAUGCCCGCACCCGGACGACAAGCAGCGCAAAGAGCUGAGCCGCGAGCUGGGGCUGGAGCCCCUCCAGGUCAAGUUCUGGUUCCAGAACAAGCGCACGCAAAUGAAGAACCAGCACGAGCGGCAGGAGAACUCGCAGCUGAGGGCGGAGAACGAGAAGCUGCGCGCCGAGAACAUGCGGUACAAGGAGGCCCUCAGCAGCGCGUCCUGCCCCAACUGCGGCGGACCCGCCGCCCUCGGCGAGAUGUCCUUCGACGAGCACCACCUCCGCGUCGAGAAUGCGCGCCUCCGGGAGGAGAUCGACAGGAUCUCCGCCAUCGCCGCCAAGUACGUGGGCAAGCCUAUGGUGUCCUUCCCCGUGCUGUCCAGCCCGCUCGCCGGGGCACGUCCAUCGCCGCUGGACAUCGGCGGCGCCGUGGGGGGUGCCGCUGCGUAUGGCGCUGCCGAUAUCUUCGGUGGCGGUGUCGCUGCUGGUGCGGCCGGGGACCUGCUGAGGGGCGCCGUGCAGUCGGACGCCGACAAGCCUAUGAUUGUUGAACUGGCCGUCACGGCCAUGGAGGAGCUGGUCCGGAUGGCGCAGCUGGACGAGCCGCUGUGGAACGCGCCGGGCCUUGAUGGAUCUGCUGAGACGCUGAACGAGGAGGAGUACGCACGCAUGUUCCCUGGCGGGCUCGGCCUAAAGCAGUAUGGGUUCAAGUCGGAGGCAUCACGCGACAGCUCCGUCGUCAUCAUGACCCAUGCCAACCUCGUCGAGAUCCUCAUGGACGUGAAUCAGUAUGCGACGGUGUUCUCGAGCAUUGUGUCGAGAGCCGCGACGCUGGAGGUGCUAUCCACUGGCGUGGCUGGGAACUACAAUGGUGCAUUGCAAGUGAUGUCAGUUGAGUUUCAGGUGCCUUCCCCAUUGGUGCCGACCAGGGAAAGCUAUUUCGUGAGAUACUGCAAGCAGAACGCUGAUGGAUCAUGGGCCGUUGUCGACGUCUCACUGGACAGCCUGCGCCCCAGCUCAGUCCUCAAGUGCCGGCGCCGGCCGUCAGGAUGUCUGAUCCAGGAAAUGCCCAAUGGCUACUCAAAGGUGACCUGGGUGGAGCACGUCGAGGUGGACGACAGGUCGGUGCACAGCAUCUACAAACUGCUGGUGAACGCUGGGCUCGCCUUCGGUGCACGCCGGUGGGUUGGAACGCUGGAUCGCCAGUGCGAACGCCUUGCUAGUGUCAUGGCCAGCAACAUUCCAACCAGUGACAUCGGUGUGAUCACUAGCACGGAGGGGAGGAAGAGUAUGCUGAAGCUGGCUGAGAGGAUGGUGAUGAGCUUCUGUGGUGGAGUGACGGCCUCGGCUGCACACCAGUGGACAACGCUGUCAGGCAGUGGUGCUGAGGACGUCCGUGUCAUGACCAGGAAGAGCGUCGACGACCCUGGCAGGCCACCGGGCAUAGUCCUCAAUGCUGCCACCUCUUUCUGGCUCCCAGUCCCGCCCAAGCGUGUCUUCGACUUCCUUCGUGAUGAAAGCUCUCGCAGCGAGUGGGACAUCCUCUCCAAUGGCGGCGUCGUUCAAGAAAUGGCUCACAUUGCCAAUGGCCGUGACCAUGGCAACUGCGUCUCGCUUCUUCGUGUCAAUAGCACGAACUCGAACCAAAGCAACAUGCUGAUCCUGCAAGAGAGCUGCACUGACGCAUCAGGCUCGUACGUCAUCUAUGCGCCAGUGGACGUGGUCGCCAUGAACGUUGUCCUCAAUGGUGGUGACCCUGACUAUGUGGCGCUCCUACCCUCUGGCUUUGCCAUCCUGCCUGACGGCCCGGCAGGCAGCAACAUGCAAGGCGAUGGUGGCGUCGGCUCAGGUGGAUCACUCCUGACGGUGGCGUUCCAGAUACUGGUCGACUCUGUCCCCACAGCCAAGCUCUCCCUGGGGUCGGUGGCGACAGUGAACAGCCUCAUCGCCUGCACCGUGGAGCGCAUCAAGGCGGCGGUCUCCGGCGAGAGCAAUCCCCAGCAGUAG